AUGGCACCAGGCUACGCACUCACGGUUUGCCAUGUGCUCGGGCUUCUGCUGCUGACUGUGACUGCAACUGAGGACUUUGACUGGACGAAGACCGAGAAGGGGGCCUUCUACUAUGGAACUUUUCCGACUGGGUUCUCUUGGGGUGCCGGUGGAUCGGCCUACCAAACAGAGGGAGCCUGGGACAGAGACGGCAAAGGCAUGAGCAUCUGGGAUGCAUUUGCCCAUAAGAAAGGCAAAAUCUUCUUCAACGACACGGGAGACUCCUCCUGCGAGGGCUAUUAUAAAGUCAAGGAUGACAUUGCCUUAAUAAAAGACAUGAAGUUAAACCACUACCGCUUCUCAAUCUCCUGGCCUCGGAUUCUACCAAACGGGCUGAAAUCACAUCAUAUAAAUGAAAAAGGAAUCCAGUAUUAUGAUGACCUAAUCAAUCAACUGCUGGAAAAUAAAAUCACCCCUAUCGUUACUCUCUACCACUGGGAUCUACCACAGGUUUUGGAGGAUAAAUACGGGGGUUGGCAAAAUGCCAGCAUGGUUGGCUACUUCAAUGAUUUUGCCAAUUUAUGCUUUGGGAGAUUUGGUAAUCGAGUGAAAUACUGGAUUACGUUCAACAAUCCAUGGUCUGCAGCUGUGGAGGGCUAUGAGACAGGGGAGCAUGCACCUGGAAAGAAGCUAAGAGGCACGGGAGCAUACAUCGCCGCCCACAACAUGAUAAAGGCACAUGCAAAGGUUUGGCACACUUAUGACACCCAGUGGCGAAGCAAGCAAAAAGGGCUGGUGGGGAUCUCUCUGCUAGCUGACUGGGGAGAGCCGGUUGACAUCACCAAUCAGAAGGAUACUGAGGCUGCUGAGAGAUACGUGCAGUUCAGCCUGGGGUGGUUUGCCACACCAAUCUUUAAUGGAGACUACCCUCAGGUGAUGAAAGACUACAUAGGAAGGAAGAGUGCCCAGCAGGGGCUUGGGGUAUCUCGUCUGCCCACCUUCACGUCCCAGGAGAAGAGUCACAUCCGGGGCACCUGUGACUUCCUGGGCAUCGGGCACUUCACCACGCGCUACAUCACCCAGAAGAACUUCCCCUCCAGCCGCGGGAGCAGCGUCUUCACUGACCGCGACCUGGCUGAGCUGGUGGACCCCAGGUGGCCUGACCCCGGCUCUGAGUGGCUUUACGCCGUGCCCUGGGGAUUCCGGCGACUGCUAAACUUUGUCAAGACCCAAUAUGGAAACCCAAUGAUAUAUGUGACAGAGAAUGGAGUGUCAGAGAAGACGACGUGUACAGAUUUAUGUGACGAAUGGAGAAUGCAAUACUUUAGGGAGUACAUCAACGAAAUGCUGAAGGCAAUAAAAGAUGGCGUUGAUGUCAAAGGAUACACUGCUUGGUCUCUGCUGGACAAGUUUGAAUGGGAUGAGGGAUUCUCUGAGAGAUUCGGCUUGUACUAUGUGGACUUUAGGAGCAAAGACAAGCUCCGCUAUCCCAAGGCCUCUGUUCAAUACUACAAACGAAUCAUCAGCUCCAAUGGUUUCCCCAAUCAGAGAGAGGUUGAGAGUUGGAAGAGGAAGGCAACAGAAACAUGCUCCUCGAGCAACCAGCUUCUUGCUGCUGAUCCAUUGACGAGCCACAUGGAGAUGGUCACAGAGAUUGUGGUUCCCACCGUGUGCACUUUGUGCAUCCUCCUCAGCGCCAUAUUCCUCAUGUUCCUGCUCCGAGGCCGACUUUAGACUCGACUCCAUUACCAUCCAUGUCCUUUAUAGACAACUGUACAUUAGAUGUACCUAUUUUUUAUUGUCUUUAACCAAUGCUUGGGUCACAUAGGGGUCCAUUCAUGACAGGUGGUCUCUAUAGGAUUUUGAGGAAGUCAAGCAUGCAAAGAAUGUUGAAUUUUAAGUGUCACUUUUCAGAAAGAUGACGGCUCAGACAUUUCAGUGUGUAGAUUUACUUCUAGAAUGACAUCAAUCCACCCAUCACUGACACCCUGAUGUAGUUCAAAUUUACCUAUAUUUGAAAGCAGGUUUGGUGUUUGAUGUGGAGAGAGGUUAGGCUGGGUCAUAGGCAAUUUGCUGCAUGCACUGUAUAGAUUGAAAACUUAUAAAACUUCGACAAAUUGUUGCAAUGUGUAGGUCUACAUUUUCUAACUUGGAAAUAAUACUGGAAACAGCCUUUCACUUACUAUGUCAGUGCA